AUGCGGUCGACAUCGAAGGGUUGGGUGCGUGUGCGUGGGUCUCGGGUGACAGACACCGCGCGCAAAUCUUGGGACGUCAGGGUGUCACAGCGUCAGCUCUGGUCCCAGACUCGGCCUCGCCUGGAGAGGCGCAGCCGGGCCGCCUCGGUCCGCGCCAGCGCCUCUGUCGGGACCAAGACCCUGAAGGUGGGCACCCGAGGGUCCCCCCUGGCCCUGGCCCAGGCGUACCUGACCCGCGACCUGCUGAAGGCUGCCUUCCCGCACCUGCAAGAGGACGGUGCCCUUGAGGUGGUUAUCAUCAAGACGACAGGGGACAAGGUCCUGAACCAGCCCCUGGCCGACAUCGGCGGCAAGGGCCUCUUCACCAAGGAGAUUGACGACGCCCUGUUGGAGGGUCGAAUCGACAUCGGGGUGCACUCCAUGAAGGAUGUGCCUACUUAUCUGCCAGAGGGCACGGUGCUGCCCUGCAACCUGCCGCGCGAGGACCCGCGCGACGUCUUCAUCUCCGCGCGCUACAGUUCCCUGGCGGAGCUUCCCGAGGGCGCGGUGGUGGGGUCGGCCUCUCUGCGGCGCCAGGCCCAGCUGUUGCACACCUACCCCCACCUCCGCGUCGUCAAUUUCCGCGGCAACGUCCAGACCCGCCUGCGCAAGCUGCAGGAGGGCGCCUGCGACGCCACGCUGCUGGCCCUGGCGGGACUGAAGCGCCUGGGACUGGAGGACAAGGCCACCUCCAUCCUGGGGCUGGAGGACAUGCUGCCCGCCGUGUCACAGGGGGCAAUCGGCAUCGCAUGCCGGGAAGGCGACGAGCCGGUGCUGGAGUACCUGCGCACGCUGAGCCAUGAGGACACGCGCCUGGCAGUGGUCUGCGAGCGCGCUUUCCUCGCGGCGCUGGACGGCUCCUGCCGCACCCCCAUCGCGGGGCUGGCACAGAAGACUGCGGAUGGGAGGCUGUCCUUUAGGGGCCUGGUGGCCGACACAGAGGGGAAGCAGCUGUUCCAGACCACGCGUGAGGGCCCCGCCACAGAGGAGGACGCGGUAGCCAUGGGGAAGGACGCAGGGGCGCAGCUGAAGCGGGAGGCCGGAGCAGACUUUUUCAACUGGUAG